AUGAGAAGCCAUGGCUGCUGCUGGCGUAAAGUGCAACAAUCGUUGCGUUUCUACUCCUCUUCCUCUUCUGCUUCACGUCUCCUGGAGUUCGUAGACAUUGAUUUUCCUUCUACAUUACGAAUCCGCGGAAGGCGCGAGUUUUCUCGUCUCUUGCAGCUUAAUGCGUCAGAUGAUCCAUUGCUCCAUCACAAUGCAGUUCAUGGCCAGAUCAUUGUCUCGGGAUUUGAUUUAGACACGUAUCUAAACAACAUUCUGAUGAAAUCGUAUUCCAAAGGUGGUGAUGUAGUUUAUGCACGUAAGGUGUUCGACAAAAUGCCAGAGAGAAACUUAGUUACUUGGUCUACCAUGGUUUCAGCUUGUAACCAUCACGGGCUUUACGAAGAGUCUUUGGAGGUUUUCUUAGAGUUCUGGAGAACCAGGAAAAAUAGCCCCAACGAGUAUAUCUUGUCGAGUUUCAUCCAAGCUUGCUUACAUGUUAGUAGUAGUGGACGUUCGAUGGUGUUUCAGCUGCAAAGUUUUAUCUUUAAGAGUGGGUUUGAUCGGGAUGUUUACGUUGGCACCUUGUUGAUUGGUUUUUAUCUCAAGGAAGGUGAUAUCGAUUAUGCAAGGCUUGUUUUUGAUGCUUUAUCAGAGAAAUCUACAGUGACUUGGACGACUAUGAUCAAAGGGUAUGCGAAAAUGGGAAGAAGCUACGUGUCGUUGCAGCUCUUUUAUCAACUAAUGGAGAGUAACGUUGUUCCUGAUGGUUACAUCCUUUCGACGGUUCUAAGCGCGUGUACAAUACUUUCUUUUGUGGAAGGUGGGAAGCAGAUUCAUGCUCACAUCUUGAGACAUGGACAUGAGAUGGACGCCUCACUGAUGAAUGUGCUUAUGGAUUCUUAUGUGAAGUCUGGCAGAGUUACAUGUGCUCGUAAGUUAUUCGAUGGGAUGUGGAAUGCAGACAUCACAUCGUGGACCACGAUACUGUCUGGUUAUAAGCAGAACUCUCUUCAUAAGGAAGCAAUGGAAUUGUUUUCUGGAAUUUCGAAGUUUGGUUUGAAGCCAGAUGUCUAUGCUUGCUCUAGCAUACUCACAUCUUGUGCCUCACUUCAUGCUCUGGAGUAUGGAAGACAUGUUCAUGCAUACACUAUCAAAGCUAACCUUGGCAAUGAUAGCUAUGUGACCAACAGCUUGAUCGACAUGUACGCGAAAUGCGAUUGUUUGAACGAUGCCAGAAAAGUUUUUGAUCUUUUCGGCGGUGAUGAUGUGGUUUUAUAUAAUGCAAUGAUUGAAGGUUACUCGAGACUUGGGACGCAAGGUGAGCUACAUGAUGCAUUCAACAUCUUUGGUGAUAUGAGGUCACGACUGAUUCGACCUAGCCUAUUGACUUUUGUUAGCCUUCUACGUGCAUCUGCUUCUUUAUCAGGCUUGGAACUUAGCAGACAAAUCCAUGGACUCAUGUUCAAAUAUAGUGUAAACUUAGAUAUAUUCGCUGCAAGUGCUUUGAUUGAUGGUUACUCAAAUUGCUACUCCAUCGAGGAUUCUAGGCUUGUGUUUGAUGAGAUGGAAGAGAAAGAUCUUGUUGUCUGGAACUCAAUGUUUUCAGGUUAUGUUCAACACUCAGAGAAUGAAGAAGCUCUCCAUCUGUUUUCGGAACUACAGUUAUCAAGGGAAAGACCUGACGAGUUUACUUUCGCCGACAUGGUUACAGCAGCUGGUAACCUGGCUAGUCUUCAAUUAGGUCAAGAGUUCCACUGCCAGAUUAUGAAAAGAGGCUUGGAACGUAACUCGUAUAUUACAAAUGCUCUACUAGAUAUGUAUUCCAAAUGUGGAAGUCCGGAGGAUGCUUAUAAGGCUUUUAGUUCAGCAUCUUCGAGAGAUGUGGUUUGUUGGAACUCUGUUAUCUCAUCUUAUGCGAAUCACGGAGAAGGCAGAAAAGCUCUUCAGAUGCUGGAGAGAAUGAUGAAUGAAGGAAUAGAGCCUAACUACAUCACCUUCGUGGGAGUUUUAUCAGCGUGCAGCCAUGGUGGUCUCGUGGAAGAUGGGCUUGAGCAGUUUGAGGUUAUGCUCCGACUUGGGAUUGAACCAGAAACAGAACACUAUGUUUGUAUGAUAUCUCUAUUAAGCCGUGCUGGUAGGUUAGAAGAAGCAAGGCAGUUAAUUGAGAAAAUGCCAGAAAAACCACCAGCUAUAGUAUGGAGGAGCUUGCUGAGUGGAUGCGCAAAGACUGGUAACAUCAAGUUAGCCGAGCAUGCUGCUGAAAUGGCUAUUGCGUCUGAUCCAACGGACAGUGGAUCUUUUACUUUGCUUUCUAAUAUCUACGCGUCAAAGGGUAUGUGGGCUGACGCAAAGAAGGUAAGAGAAAGAAUGAAGUUUGAUGGUGUGGUGAAAGAACCGGGACGUAGUUGGAUUCAGAUUGAUAACGAGGUUCAUAUCUUUUUGUCCAAGGAUAAAUCUCACCGCAAGGCGAAUCAGAUUUAUGAAGUGUUAGACGAUUUGCUCCUGCAGAUAAAAUGGUUUAGUUAAGUAACCAUACAAUAAUUCAUUUUCUGUUGAGUGAUUGGCUCUAUAUGAUUAACAGACCAAUAGUAGAAGGGGAAUUUCGAUGAGUGAUUGGUCAUGGUGAGGCAAUCAGGAGAGGUAUCAAGCCUGAUUGGAUCAAUGAAAGAGUUAGUCUCUGCGUUGAUGAAGUUGCAGGAGAUGAAGCUAAGCAGCAGUGAUAAAAAGAAGCAGAAACAGUAAGACGAGACUGUGAUGUUCUGAAUCAUACUUUUGUCCUAGAGUGAACCAGAAGUGGAGAAGCCUAGAACGUAAGUGAUACACAAUACAAGUUCAAUCCGAUGAAGAAAGAAGCAGCAAUGGCCAAUCUCAAGAAGAAACUGGUUUAGGAGGGGAGAAGCUGUCCGCCUGAAAACGUUACAUUAUUAUUUGGGCCCAAAAUCGUGUUGGAUCAGGCCCAGUUAUAGUUACUUUCGGUUCUAAGAAAACCCUGGGAGGAUUUGUCU